GCUCGGGAGGCGGCGGAGGCGGGCGGUCCUCCGCGCCGCCCCGUGGUGACGCCCGGCUGCGCUGCGCUGCGCAGCGGGGACCGCGAGGCAAAGAGGCGCGGUGGCUCGGCGCCCAGAGGCCUCCCGGGAGCAGCGGCGAGCGGGCCCUCGUCCUCCGCUGCCCGGCCCUGCUCGGCGCCGGGAAACAUGUCGGGGAGCGCGGAGACGGACCCGGCGCGCGCGGCUGCGCAGGAGGAGAGCGAGGACGAAAGCGAGGUGCUGGAGGAGAGCCCCUGCGGCCGCUGGCAGAAGCGCAAGGAGCAGGUGAACCAAGGCAACAUGCCUGGGCUCCAGAGCACGUUCCUGGCCAUGGACACGGAGGAGGGAGUGGAGGUGGUGUGGAACGAGCUGCAGUUCACCGACAAGGCGGCUUUCAUGGCGUACGAGGAGACGAUCAAGGCCACCUUUGAACAGCUGGUGGUCGUUGACCACCCCAACAUCGUGAAGGUGCACAAAUACUGGCUGGACGUGAAGGAGAGCAAAGCCCAGGCGAGUGUGCGCAGGGUGAUCUUCAUCACCGAGUACGUCUCCUCAGGAAGCCUGAAGCAGUUCCUGAAAAAGACCAAGAAGAACCACAAAGCGAUGAAUGCCAGGGCAUGGAAGCGCUGGUGUACCCAGAUCCUCUCAGCUCUCAGCUACCUGCACUCCUGCGAUCCCCCCAUCAUCCACGGCAACCUCACCAGUGACACCAUCUUCAUCCAGCACAAUGGGCUCAUCAAAAUUGGAUCAGUCUGGCAUCGUGUUUUUGCAAAGGCCCUUCCGCCCGAACUCCACAGUCCGGGCCGCACAGAGCGGGAAGACCCGCGGAACCUGCACUUCUUUCCUCCGGAGUACGGAGAGACGGCCGAUGGCACCGCAGUGGACAUCUUUUCCUUUGGGAUGUGUGCUCUGGAGAUGGCCGUGCUGGAGAUCCAGUCAAACGGGGACUCCUCCGUGACCAAGGAGGCCAUUGAGCGAGCUAGGCACUCUCUGGAUGACCCCAACAUGCGGGAAUUCAUCCUGGGCUGCCUCCUCCUGAAUCCCAGCCGGCGGCCCACGGCCCACGACCUGCUGUUCCACCGGGUACUUUUUGAGGUCCACUCCCUGAAGCUCCUGGCUGCCCACUGCUUCAUCGCCAACCAAUACCUGUGGCCUGAAAAUGUGGUGGAGGAGAAAACCAAGGAGCUGGAUCUCAGUGAGGUGAUGGCAGAGAUUCGACAGGCAGGGCGGCUGCCUGUGCAGUGGAGCCACCCCACUAUCCUUGCUGGGGCCCAUUGCCUGACCCACCUCCCUCUUCCUGCCAGGAAUGGUAUCUACCCCCUGAUGAACUUUGCCACCAUCCGGCCCCACAGCCUGCCACAGUCCAGUUCCCAGGCCCUGGAAGACCCCCAGAAAGCCCAAACCCCCACACCGGAGCCUUUUGAUGUAGAGACGCGGAAGGUGGUGCAAAUGCAGUGCAAUAUGGACUGGCUGGAGGAGAGGCGGCAAUGGCAUCUGACCCUCCUCCUCAUCCUGGAAGACAAGCUCCACCGCCAGCUGAGCUACGACCUGCUCCCCAGCGACAAUGCCAGGGACCUGGCGGCUGAGCUGGUGCAGUACGGAUUCAUCCGCCAGGACGACUGGGAGAAGCUGGCGGCGUUCCUGGAAGGCGCCCUGCACCGGCCCCAGCUCUUCCCCGCCCGAGGCGCCGGCUCCAGGCCCGAGGCCGGCGGCCAGGACGGCCCCUGAACCGGCAGAGGCCGAGCGAGGGAAGAGGAGAGGAGCCGGCUGCCCGCCCGGCCGCCUCCUGCUCCGACGCCGCCCACCCUGCCUUCCCCUCCCCCUCCCCUCUCUCCCCUCCCAGCGGAGGGGGCGUGGGCCGGGAGCGCCGCCGCCCAGGAGCCCCUUCCUGGGAUCGCCCACGGGGGGAGGGGGGACAGGCGGAGAGCGACUGAUCCUCCUGGCGGCCGCCGCCUUUGCCCUGCCCCGCCCCGCGUCUAAGCACCGCCCACUCGCGCUCUGCCAGCUCUUGACGUUUCCCCCCGCGCGGCACGCUCCCUCCGAGGGCGGGUGGGCGGGGCGAACGGGAAAGGUUCUGGCCGGGGCUCCGCCGCGUCCCGAGGACGCCCCCUACAGGCUCAGCGGGGCGUCUGGCGGCAAUCAAAAGGCUCGCGCAGGCGCCCUGGCCGUCAUCCCCUCCGGAGCCGCCUCGCGUUAGCCCGGCCUCCCGCCGCCUGGUUCUCGCGAGAUUGCGGAGCGCGGGGCGCGAGGCGGCGGCGGCGGUGAAGAUGGCGGCGGUUGCGGCGACCACUACCACCACCACCACCGCGGCGGCGCUCUCUCUGGUAAGCGGCCGGGCCGGUCGGAGCGGAGGAAAGCCGCGCCACGGAGAUGCGGGGCGUCCCCGGCGGAGCCGCGGACGGGGCGGGAGGCGGAACUGCACUUCCCCCCGCGCUCCCCUUUCCCUCCCUCGCGGGCGGGCAGGCCGGCCUCCUGCCCCCCCCCUCGCCCGUUGCAGGAGGUGCGCCCGGACGGACCCCCGUCCCAGCCAGGCCGUUUCCGGAGCCAGGCCGCGCCCUCUAGGUAGGGUUGGGCCCCGAGCCUCUCGCGGAGCUCGGCGGGCCCCGAGGCCUGGGGUGCUGUCCGGGCCGCUGGCCGCCAGCGGCAAAUCGAGGGGCCCAAGCUCGCUGCACGUGAGGGCUGCAUGGGAAUUGGGGUGGGGUGAAGGAUGGGGCUGCCCCCUAGGCUAAGGCCUCAACCCGAAGAAAGAGGUGCCUCCCCCCUCCGCCCCCCCAGCCGGGCCCCCGAUGCUGGAGGCAGGAGCAGCUGCCCUCCAACCCCCACCCAGCGCAUGAGCCUUGGAGGAUGGAAGGGAAGGGGGGGCCCUGGCCUGGGCUCCCUCCCCCGACUUCCGCGCCCCCCCCACGAGCCUUCCCAGCAAAGGGCAAGGCAGAGGCCGAUGACCUAAUGGCCGGGUCCCCCCAGUCGCCCUGCAGGAGGGUCUCCUGAGCGGCUCCCCAAGGGACACCUGCCGGCAUGCCCCCUCCUGCCAUGGGGCUAUUCACAACCCUUUGGGUCCAGCCCCCUGUCCUUUUCAUAGCAGCUCUCCCAAGGCCCGUAGGUCAGGAACCCCCGCCUCGCCUCCCCCCCAAGGGCUCCUGAGCCACGGGGUUCCGUCUGCUUUCUUAGAGUCCACAGACUGAAACCUUUGCCAGAUAAGACUGUUGGACAACGUCAUUUCAGACUUUUUCUAGCUGAUUUCUAAGUCAACAAAGGCAAAAGAUUCCCUCUCUGCAAUAUUCUCUACUAAGAACUCACAGUGGUCCUCCAUGGAUGGUCUGACCAUCUUUCCCUAGAUGGUCUGGAUCAUAAAAAGUGAAUCUUGAGGACUUGGAAAAAGUUCCCUGUGUUUUCAACUUCACCACCUCUGGAUUGGGCCUCUGCACAACCUGGCUGGUGGAAAUGGCCAGGCAGGAACUGGGAACUUGAUUCAAGCUAUGGUCAAUCCAUUUGAGGGAAGGUGAGGCCCCAGAAGUCCUGAAAGAGAUGUAGGUCCAUCCACUCCUCCAAAAGCUAAAUCUGAAUCCAGCAGUUAUGAAUAACUUCCAUUAUAUCCCAAACCUUCCCUUUUUGGAGAAGGUUAUUAAGAAAGAGUGGGACUGCAGUUAUAAAAGGCUCCAGAGAAAAUGGAUGACAGUCCGGUUUCAUACCUGACCGUGGGAUAAGAGACGGCUGAUGGUCCCGCUGAUGGUUGACCUGUGGAAGGACUCACAUGAAGGGAGUGCAAGCAUCCUUCUCUUCCUAGACUGUCCAGUGGAUUGCGAUGCUGCCAGGCACAGCAUCCUCCUGAACCACAUCUGAGGACUGAGAGUUGCUCUGG